UAGUGAACAGCUGGCCACCCGGCACUGCUGUAGCCCAGGCGAGGUAGUGAACAGCUGGCCCCACGACCUGCUGUAUCCCAGGCGAGGUAGUGAACAGCUGGCCACCCGGCACUGCUGUAGCCCAGGCGAGGUAGUGAACAGCUGGCCACCCGGCACUGCUGUAGCCCAGGCGAGGUAGUGAACAGCUGGCUCCACGACCUGCUGUAGCCCAGGCGAGGUAGUGAACAGCUGGCCACCCGGCACUACUGCUGUUGUUUAUAUCACGUGCGCCCACGUGACUCGCGAGGUUCGCUCGAGAGCGAAAAAAGAAAUCGCCGCGGUCCCUUUGAAAGCGCGACCCGGGGCAGUCGGGGCGAGGGCUCAGGCGAGAGAGGGCGACGACGACGAGGACGAGGAGGAGGAGGACGAGGAGAGGACGAGGAGGAGGAGACGUAAUUACAGUACGAUAGUUUAAAGAAUCCUCCACCAACGCUGCGCUGACCGGCGUGGUGAAGUAUGGUCAAGCGGCAGCCGCCACAAUCGAAACGCCUUGGGAGACGCCUUCCGCCUAGCAGUUGUGUUGACGGAGCUUUGAAUAAUAACAGUACAAUGAUGGUGAUGUGUGCCCUCCGCUGGACCGGAUAAGUGGAGCAUGAGGAACGCUCGGAUUUGAAUGAGCUCAAGGUCAAAGAGUGAGUUGAACGGCAGCAGCAGCAGAGCAAAACGAACAGGCAGGGCGGUGAGAGAGAUGGAGGCCGAGGGAGAGCGCGAGGGCCCCUCGUUCCGCGAGCUCUGCUGGCUCGUGUGCUGGCCGCCGCUGCCCAGCCGCAUCGUGUCCAAGCUGGCGUUCUCGCCGUCGCCGCCGUCGUACCGCCUGCAGGGAGACGGAGCGAGCGGGCGCUGCGGCCUCGUGCUUACGGAGCGCGCCGACUGGCCGCACACGUCCUCGCGCCUCGACGCCAUCGACGUCUUCCUGACGCACACGCGGCGAGGCAACCGCAUCGCCUGCAUGCACGUGCGCGCCUCUCCACAGGCCCACUGCACUCUGCUCUUCUCACAUGGGAACGCCGUGGACCUGGGCCAGAUGUGCGGCUUCUAUGCCGAUCUGGCGGCCAAACUCAACUGUAACGUCUUCUCCUACGACUACUCUGGCUAUGGCGCCAGUUCGGGCAAGCCGUCCGAAAGGAACCUCUACGCCGACAUCGACGCCGCGUUCCAGGCACUGCGGACGCGGUACGGGUUAACCCCGGACAAGGUGGUGCUGUACGGUCAGAGCAUCGGCACCGUGCCCACUGUGGACCUGGCAUCGCGCUACGAGUGCGCCGGCGUAGUGCUGCACUCGCCGCUGGCGUCCGGCCUUCGCGUGCUCUUCCCAGGGAUUGCUCGCACCUACUGCUUCGACCCUUUCCCAAGCAUAGAGAAGAUCUCCAAGGUUUCCUCCCCCGUGCUGGUGAUUCACGGCACUGAAGACGAGGUGGUGGACCUGUCGCACGGCCUGGCCAUCCACGCGCGCUGCCGUCGCCCCGCCGAACCGCUCUGGGUGGAGGGCGCCGGCCACAACGACGUGGUGCUGCAUGCGCAGUACAUGGAGCGCCUGCAGAGGUUCCUCACCCACGAGGUCACUUGUGCCUAGGUCCUGCGUGCACCCCACGCCGUGGACGGGGAGCAAUGGCCACGCCAAUAUCAUCACGUCGUCGCGUAAAACACCGUUAUGCGGCGGCGGUGGUGGUGGUGGUGUCGUUGUGACACCUUUGGUGGCGUGUGCCACUUUUUAACGCAAUGCAAUGCAACCGUCUGAAUGCAUUCCGCCAUGGAGAGUAAACGUUGCCGCGCGCGCUGGUUAAUUUGCGUCGUUCCAUCGACACCGCCAUAACUGACGUGGGGGUAGCGGUUCAGUGGUGGUGGUGGUGGAUGUGCCACAUUUGUUUUUGGCGCUAGCCACCUCGCAAUGCAAUGCACCUGUCUGGAUGCAACUGCUUCCUAACACAAUGGUGAAAUAGAAUCAAAGGUGAAAGGUGCAGCCCUGCAAUUUCUUGCUCUCAUCACUGCUGGCAGAAGGGCUUCCACUGGAAGGGAGCUCUAGAGAGAGCCCCUAUUGGAGGGUAUUUUGGUCUGCUCUUCCAGAAGUAGGUACACCCACACUUUAUCCCACCACAAGCGACCUGCCGAUCGACUUGACUCUGGUGUAGCCAUUUAUACUGCUGGGUGGACAGGCGAUGGUAGGGGAGAUUAAUAACGCGCCCCUUUGUUUCAACUGCCACUCUGGGAGGUUAAUUUAACUGGUGACCUCUCUUUGCAAGUCCAGUGCGAUGACCAUAUCACCUCGGCAGCAUCCCCGGUAAAAUAGAAUAUGCAGCAAAGAAUGGGCGUAGCACGCACAUGCACCAUGCAAUUUGCAUCGACAGACUUCACCACAUCGCACUGGAACGCAUCGUUCUGCAAAGAACCGCACUGGAUUAGAGAUCACAAGCUGGUGUGCAUGUGCAACUUUUCUUGGGGCCACAGAAAGCAUUGACGGAGAAGAAUUCCAUGUCAGACGUGUAGUGCAAUCAUCCAUUUCCAUUCGCUUUGAUCUGAUGACCAAUUCCAUUACCAUGCCGUGAAGUGUUUUUACUCCGUGUGCGCCAUCACUUACAGUCGUUUGCGUGUUCUUGCCGAGUCGUGCUUUACCUGUUUUGAGUUUGUAUUUUGCUUUUCCGUGACAGUGUUAAACGUUUAAAUUGCGUUCAUGAUCGCGAACCCCGGGGGCUGGUCGCCCCGUUAUUCAUCUUGUCUUACAAACUGUGAAGAGAAGAGAACUAUUUUCCUACGGCCUGGAGCCCAGCAGUAGACACAGCGGGUGUACAUUUGUGCGUGUGUGUGUCCGCCCGUGCCCGGCGCACUACCAGUGUGCCAUUCACAAUAUGGAUGCAUGCCUGUGUGUACAUAAUGCAAAGUUAAAAAAAUGUAUUCGAACUUAAAGAGCUUGGUACCAAUCAGGGCUUAAUUUCUCACUUAAUGUUUUUUUUUCUGGGUCGCCAGUCGACCCGGAGUAGCUUAACAACGCGCUGAGUAUCCACAGCCCAUAUUGCGAGGAAAUGUUGGAUGUGGUGUGUCGGGUGCAGAAAUAAUGACCAGGUCGCCAACCCGGACAGACUCGGCUGAAAUUAAGCCCUGGUACUCGUGUACAGUUAACUCUCGGUCCUCUGGGGUAAUGGGAGGGGGGGGGGAUAGGUUACCCGGAUAGAAACAAAAACACGGGACAAUACAAAUGGUAUGCAACAUAGGCUAUGAAAAAAAACAUUUAUUGUUUACUUACGUAGAAUGUGGGUGAAAAUUUAGAAUGUGCCGUGUUUGUAUUGGUCGCUGAGUCACGAGUGAGGAGCAGCAAGUAGUCGAAUUAGUGCGCAUGCAUUAAGGGCGUGAAUUGGCGGGGAAUUUUCUAUUUUCUUUAUUUUUUUGCAAGCACGGUUGACCCGCGAACCCGAAUAAUUAACACACGGAUAAUCGAGAGUUGACUGCGUGUGGGUCGUUGAUCUUGGUUUUUGUCUUUCUUCCUCGUGAAUGUUACAUUUAUCGCGUCAAAUCUUUUACAGGGGAGUUGCUCGGUGAGCCUAAAAGGCAGGGUCCGAAACUGAGCUAUCGGUCGGGAAACUUGGUCGCACGCAACUGAAUUGUGCCCGCAAACUAGUGACGAGCAGUUGUGCAACCGACUGCUUGCAGUCAAGAUUCGCCUCUCUUUUCAACGCAUCUUCUCGGCGAUUUGUAGCAAUGUCUUUCAUCACGUGCGCGCAUUUGUGAACCCUGAUUGGUUCGUACAAUCCUGAACGUGGCGCUUGAUUUUAUUGUUGCGCAACCGCUUGCUCGGAUGUGGGCAAAGCAGUUGCAGGUGAUGAUGAUUAUUAUUAUUAAGUUGCGUGAUUUUGAGAGCGACUUGGGUUGAGCAGCCUAUGUCUCCGGCGUGGACCUGGCCAAAGUUGGCCCUGUGCAGUGUUAUUUUUGCACCGUGCGUUUCAGUUGCAGCUUUUGUUGAUAUUUCGUUGAUAUUUUGUUUUAUUAAGCAUGAUGUUGUCCCCAUUUAGACGAAAGACGUGUGAAACUUGAGCGGGGAUUGACAUUGGUGGAAUUGGCGAGAGCUCGUUUUGCCAAACGCCUUAGUCUUCUUGCAGAAGCUCUUUCCUCUUCCAUCGGAAAGGGGGUGGGGGGGGGGG